AUGACCGCUGUGCCAGCUUCCAACGACUACAGUCUCCUAGACGCCUGGGUUGAUGCCCAUUUCGAGGAAGAAUUGACUUUCCUUCAAAGCCUGGUGAGGGUGCCGACGGAUACCCCUCUCGGCGACAAUGCCCCGCAUGCGGAGGUCACUGCCGAAUUACUGCACGGCUUCGGCUUCGAAGCCGAGCGCCAUCCGGUACCCGAGGACAAAGUACUCGACUAUGGAAUGAAGUCUAUCACGAACCUGAUUGUACGCCGUCAUUAUAACGAAGGCGGCCGAACGGUAGCUCUCAAUGCCCAUGGUGAUGUUGUUCCGCCUGGCGAGGGUUGGACCCGAGAUCCCUACGGCGCGGUCAUCGAAGACGGCGUCAUGUACGGCCGAGCGACGGCCGUCAGCAAGAGCGAUUUCGCCAGCUUCACUUUCGCGGUGCGCGCUCUAGAGUUUUUGAAGGCCCCCUUGAGAGGAUCAGUUGAGCUUCAUUUCACCUACGACGAGGAGUUCGGCGGCGAGCUCGGUCCCGGUUGGCUUCUGAGCCAAGGUCUCACAAAACCCGAUUUGCUCAUUGCAGCAGGCUUCUCUUAUGAAGUGGUCACUGCGCAUAAUGGCUGCCUUCAGAUGGAAGUCACCGUCAAUGGCAAGCAAGCUCAUGCUGCCAUUCCUGACACCGGCGUCGAUGCGCUUCAGGGUGCGGUGACGAUCCUGAAUGCUCUCUAUGCUCUCAACGCUCGUUAUCGGGAGGUUCGCUCCGAAGUAGCAGGCAUCACUCAUCCGUACCUCAACGUCGGUCGCAUCGAGGGCGAUACGAAUACCAACGUUGUGCCUGGCAAAGUGGUUUUCAAGCUCGAUCGCCGCAUGAUUCCGGAAGAAGAUCCCAAAGAGGUCGAGGCGGAAGUUCGCCGGACCAUUGCCGAGGCUUCGGAAGGUCUGCCGGGUAUCUCGGUGGAUCUCCGCCGGCUGCUCCUCGCCAAUUCCAUGCGCUCAAAUCCCGGGAACGAGCCGCUGGUUCAAGCGAUCCAGAAGCACACCGCGCAGACUUUCGGCCAGCCGGCCACAGCGACGGGAACCCCGCUUUACACCGAUGUGCGGCUGUAUGCGGAGGCCGGGAUUCCCGGCGUCAUUUACGGCGCGGGUCCGCGGACGGUCUUGGAGUCCCACGCUAAGCGGGCGGACGAACGGCUCCAGCUUGAUGAUCUGAGGCGUGCUACGAAGGUUAUCGCUCGCACUUUGCAGUUGUACACCGGUCCUGGAAUCCCGAAAGGACCAGAUGACUAUCUCUACACCGAUCGGCCCCAGCUCGGGCUGCGUGUAAUCUCGUUCAAGAACUCAACGAUUGUCGUUCUGUACUGGCUACAUCUGUCUCUGGAUGCUAUCGCGUUGGGUUCUCUUCUCAAGGCCUGGACACUGAUGCUUCAGGGACGGGAGAGUGAGAUCCUGGAGCCUCUCAGUGACUACCCCCUGGAAGACCUGGGCAAGAACCCAACUGAGCCUCAUCUUCUCGUCGACCAACGUUUGUCCACGAUUGGUCUUGCGAGAUGGUUGUUUUGGAACUUAUACAACCUCGCUAUCAGACCAAGAGAGAAUCGCAUUGUUUGCAUUCCAGCUGCAUACUUGAAAGAUUUGAGGGAGAAGGCCACGAAGGAGCUAGCAACCCAAGCUGCCCUGAAAGGGAUUACAGAAGCUCCCUCUUUAAGUGAAGGAGACGUUAUUCUGGCAUGGCUUGCCCAAGUGGGAUUCUCAAAUCUCCCAAAAGACUCCAAGCAGCCUGUGGCCUUACAGCAAGCAUUUGAAUGGCGGAAAACCUUGUCUGAUCUUAUGCCCGCCAAUAGACCGACUCUCGGCAACUGUAUCGGCUUCACUGUUACAGUUAUACUCGCAAAAGACCUACUUCAAAGGCCGCUCAGCUAUGUGGCUUCCCAAAUUCGCGGAGCACUCAAUGUGCAGCGCUCGCGUGAGCAGAUCGAGGCAUACACCUCGUUCAUCAGGGAGGAUCCAAGGAGCAGAGCCCCGCCAUUGUUUGGAGAUGUCUCUAUGAAGUUACUCAUGUUCUCGAACUGGCAGAAGGCGACAUUGUAUGAAACUGAUUUCUCGGCGGCAGCUCGUAGCCCAACGGGCACUCCAUUGUUUCCGUCUUACAUCCAGACCGUACAAGGCCCGUACAAUUUCAAUGAUGGACUAAUCAUGGUCGGCAAAGACCCCAAGGGAAACUAUUGGUUUGGGGGAUACAGGGCGGAGGGGCUUUGGGAGAUGAUGAACAGGAAAAUGCGGGAGGACGAUAACGAACCUCAGCCCAAGAUGGAUCUCGGGGAGAAAUGA